AUGGUAGCCAUGGACAACAACACUCUCAUAAUGACAGUGAUAAAUAAACCCUUUGCAGAAAACAACAGCGUGUUUGAUUUGUUCCUCCAAAGUUUCAAAACAGGUGAAGGUACCCAGCAGCUCAUCAAGCACCUGCUUGUCGUCACCGUCGACCAUACUGCCUUCAACCGCUGCCGGCAGCUUCACCCGCACUGCUACAAUCUCAUCACCGAAGGUGAGGAUUUCUCAGGCGAACAGUUCUACAGUACCCCAGACUAUGUCAAGUUGAUGUGGAGAAGGCUCCUUUUUGUCGCCGAUGUGCUUGGUCGAGGCUAUAACAUCUUGUUCACUGAUUCUGAUAUUCUGUGGCUCAGGAACCCCUUCACGCGCUUCUCUUUAGACGAUGACAUGCAGGUGAGUUGCGACAGGUACAGAGGCGACCCAUACGAUCGGUCGAACGACAUCAACGCUGGCUUCUACUUUGUCCGUUCCAAUAGCAAGACGAUCAAACUGUACAAACUGUGGUACGAAAGCAGGGACAUAGGGUUCCAUGACCAAGACGUUCUGCAAAAACUCCAAAAGAAGCGCGCGUUCCAGGAACUUGGUUUGAGAUUCAGGUUUCUGGAAACGUUGUACUUUUCGGGGUUCUGCCAGAAGAGCACCGAUUUGAGGGAGGUGAACACGGUGCAUGGAAACUGUUGUAAGUCGAUGAAGGCCAAGUUGGCAGAUCUGAGAGCUGCUUUUGAAGCAUGGAAGACGUUCAUGGCUAAAGAACACAGUGGUUCCAAAGGGACGUGGCCGGAUUCCGGAAUUUGCCGCGCUUCCCUCAAACUAGCGCGGCUUCCAUGA